AUGGAGGCGCCCGGGCUGGCCAAGGCGGCCGCGGCGGAUACCCCCGACGGGGCGCCCGCGCUCUGCCCCAGCCCCGAGGCGCCCUCUCCGGAGCCGCCCGCCUACCGCCUGCAAGACUUCGAGACGCUGGCCACCGUGGGUACUGGGACGUUCGGACGGGUGCACCUGGUGAAGGAGAAGACCACUGAGCAUUUCUUCGCGCUCAAGGUGAUGAGCAUUCCCGACGUCAUCCGCUUGAAGCAGGAGCAACACGUGCACAACGAGAAGUCUGUCCUGAAGGAAGUCAAUCACCCAUUCCUCAUCAGGCUGUUCUGGACCAGCCACGACGAGCGUUCCCUCUACAUGCUGAUGGAGUUCGUGCCGGGUGGCGAGCUCUUCAGCUACCUGCGGAACAGGGGCCGCUUCGCCACGGCCACUGGGCUCUUCUACUCCGCGGAGAUCGUGUGCGCCAUCGAGUACCUGCACGCCAAGGAGAUCGUCUACAGGGACCUGAAGCCGGAGAACAUACUGCUGGACAGAGACGGUCACAUCAAGCUCACGGACUUCGGGUUCGCCAAGAAACUGGUGGACAGGACGUGGACGCUCUGCGGAACGCCUGAGUACCUGGCCCCGGAAGUUAUCCAGAGCAAGGGCCACGGAAGAGCCGUGGACUGGUGGGCCCUCGGCAUCCUCAUAUUCGAGAUGCUCUCGGGGAGCUCACGCUCUGAGGACGAUCACUCGAAACACAGCAGAGACUUCUUCCUGUUUGUGUCUAACGGCGCCAGUGACGUGAAGCGACACCGUUGGUUCCGAUCCGUGGAGUGGGACACCGUCCCGCAGAGAAAGCUGAAGCCUCCCAUAGUGCCCAAGAUAUCCGGUGACGGCGAUACCUCGAACUUCGAAACUUACCCCGAGAACGACUGGGACGCGGCCCCUCCCGUGCCGGAGAAAGACUUAGAAAUCUUCAAGAAUUUCUGACGACAGGAACUCUCAUCUGCAAGAAUCAGGAAGAUUGGAGUCUGCCUGGGACAAAGAACUUCACUGAGCAGAAGAAAUGUGUUCUUUGUGUGACAGGGACAUUCCCACGUUUGUAUACGUCCGUAUGUGUAUGAAACCACGUGGGAGCAGUUGAAGUUCACGGACCUGGCGUUAUUCAAGCAACUGGAAUUUUUCUGCACUGUGGGAAGCUUUGAAACAUUGUUUGGUUGUAGAGUUUAUCCUUUGGGGUUGUGUUCCUACUGUGAUUUCUUGGUUUUCCCCUUAGACUCAACUUUAUAAGUUUGAGCUAGACCUGUUUUGUGAUGACCGCAGACCGUGUGUGCGUGUGCGUGUGUGUCCAUGUGUGUCCGUGUGCGUGUGCACGUGUGUGUGUGCAUGUGCAUGCGUGUAGAGAAGAAAAUGCAGCGGGUGCACAGACGUGGUGCGGUGAUGGAAUAUGUUCCACUUUGCAGAGCCUGUGAUGUUUUAUGUUUCAAAUUUUCUCUUUUUCCAAAAAUCUGUUCUCUUGGGGACAAAAAUCUAAAGAGUCUGUUGUAGGCAUUUUUUAUCCUCUUUUAUGCAUUUUAUAGUUUUUGAGGAAGAAAAUAGCCUGUGGAGAUCUUUACCCAAGAUCUUUAGUGCUUCCUACCUGGUAACCUGAGACCUUGAAACAAGAAAGAAUUGGCAGAAGUGAUGAGAGUGAGGAGCGAAUUCCUUCCAAGAACCACCCGUGACCUUAGUUGUUCACGGAACGUACCAUACUCCAUCAAUCUUCUGCGUCACCUUCAAAAAUUUCUUACCGCGCAGGGUGAUGGCUACCUAGUGGAAUUUUGGCCGAAACCUCUUGAACAAAAUGCACUUCCCAAAGCUCACAAGUAACUUUUAAGAUGGGUUCCGCUGCGAGGACAACCUUCAUGCAAAGAUUUCCUUCUGCCUUUUGUUUUGGGUAAAGCAAAAAGCAAAUGGUCUAUAGGAUUGUGAGCACGUGACCCUGUUUCGCUUCUCCUUGUAAACGUCCUCAGUUUGCAUCCAGCGAUAUUCUCCUCUUGCAGAUCCUACUGGCUUGUGCAGGAAGAGCAGUGGGUGAGAUUUUCCUUUUGGAAAUUGAUUAGGAAAAUAGCCUGAAGGGCGUCCUCUAAUUUUUUUUCCCCCUAGGGGUUGACUUAAUGACGCCCUGUUUGUGACAUCGCCAGGACGUGUGUACUGCUCACAAUAGGUCAUCACUUCAGUGCAUCCUAGACUCAGGACAUUGCAGAGGUCCUUGGGGUCUGGAUUGUGUAUAACUCAUUUUCCUCACUCUUUCGCUUCACCCUCCUGAUUCUAAACGUGUCUGUAAAAAAUCUAAAUGGGCGGCACCUUCUCCAUUCACCCUGACUUCAGCUUGAACAUGGUAUCGGUAAAACCUGCCGUGUCUGCAGGGGGGUCAG